AUGGGCGGGACGUUCGACGAAGCGCGCACGCGCGCGGUCGCGCGCGAGCUCCUCCUGGAGGUUGAUCUCGAGCGGGCGACCGAACGGGCGGUGCGGGACGAGGUGCGCGAGCGAUUGCGCGCGAGGGCGAGCGAGGCGGGGGAGACGACGCUGGAUGUGGAUGCGAAUGUGAUUUCCGACGAGAUCGAUCAGUUUCUCUCGCAGUCGACGCCGGUGAAGCGAGCGCGAGAACGGGGUGACGACGAUGGAGAUGAUGUCGGUGGGUACGUCGCGGCGGUGGAGGCGGUGGAGGCGAAGCGGGCGAAGAUGACGGAGGACGACGCGACGCCUCCGUCGCCGGCGGUCGCCGAGAGCCGAGUGUUGGCGGCGUUGCGGGCGCUGGGUGAGGACGGUGGGUGCGCGAAGACGAUCGCGGAGUUCUUGAAGCGUGAUAAGGGGGCGGUGAAUAAGAUUUUGUACGCGGCGAAGGGGAGAGGAUUGGCGAGGUGCGCGGAGAGCGAGCGCGGGGCGCCGCGGUGGUUCAUCGCUGACGGCUGCGACGGGGGAGAGAGCACGGUUCCGGCGAGGGCGGCGACGAGCUCGAUGACGCCGCAGACGUCGGCGAAGACGAAUGAGUUGGCGACGAGUCCGAGGUCGGACGCGGUGGAGAACGAGGUAGUGGCGUUAUCGGCGACGAAGCGCGUAACGGUGCGAAAGUGGAACAACGCGACGCUCGUUGACUUUCGUGAGUACUACCAAAAGGGGGGCGAAGGGCCGUAUUUUCCGGGAAAGAAAGGCAUCUCGCUCUCAUUGCCGCAAUGGAAGGUGCUUCGCGAGAACAUUGAUAAGAUUGAACCGGCGAUCGAGACAUGCGACGGCUCGGGAGCGGAGGUGUUGGUUUGCGAAAUGUCAAAAAUGCGUCGAUGCUCGGUGAGCAAGUACAAGGGAGCGGUUUUGCUCAACAUUCGCGAGUACUAUGAGAAGAACGGUCAGAUCCUUCCCGGUUUUAAGGGAACGGCGUUGUCGAAGGACGCCGCGAUGCGUCUCGUCGUGACGGCGGCGAAAAUCGACGAGCGUCUCGCUAGUCUCGUGUAG